ACCGAAUCAAAAACCGAUAUAUCCAGCCCUGCCCUUAGCAUCCAAGAAUGGUUGUUGAUGGUUAGGCUGGUAGGAGCAAGUUAGCUGAAUGUGAGGUUUGGAGGAACAAUUUUUGGUGUUUUUGUGACGCCACAAGUGGUCAUGCCGGAUAUUGCUUUGAUAUCUAACUUUCAUUUAUCUCCCCACAGAAUUUCUGCCAAACUCAUACUCCCUAAGUUGCUAAUCCAGUUCUCCCAGUUCUUCAUUUUCAAACUCUUGCCAUCCUGCUGAGGCUAAAAAUUGGAAGUCGGGACGUACCUACUGGAAAUCAUACUGAACAACAGUCAAGAUUGAAACUUUUAUUUUGAAAAUAGGGCUCAUCAAAGUCUCGUGCUACGAAAAUUAAAAGCAAUUCAAGACGGGCCUGUUGGAUUGUGGCUUUCUUUUGGCCAUUAUAGGGCAUAGAAAGAUGUAGAACAGAGUGACAGUGUAUAGUUAUGGGGGCCACCUCGCAGAGGCAGGCCUUCAAUGGAAGCAAUAUCUCGUGUUGGAAAUAUUUUAAAAGCCAUGAGGCCUGUGAUGGAGCCUGAUGUCUGGGGUCUCCUGGAUGCCAUGUUCACUUACAUUGGUAGAAGCCCUGGAUCAGUUAAGCUUAAGCAAUCCUUUCAAGAUCCCAUUCCCAUCAGUCAAACCUUGUAGUGACCUCAGGUAAGGGACACAUCUCUAAUGCCACUCAACAAGUGCCAGAGCUUAGUGGUUCAGCUCUUGUUCAACUUGCUUUGCAAACUCUUGCUAGGUUCAACUUCAAGGAAGAAUGUGGUGCCUUGCUGCUUUAGUACGAUGGGAAGAGCUUAACAAUCUUUGCAAGGAAUACUGGACUUCAGCUGAAUCAGCUGCUCGAUUGGAAAUGGCGCCAAUGGCUGCAAGUGCUGCUUGGAACAUGGGUGAAUGGGAUCAGAUGUCAGAAUAUGUGUCUCGUCUUGAUGAUGGUGAUGAAACUAAACUUCGAGUGUCUGGAAAUGCUACUACUAGUUGUGAUGGAUAUAGUAGUGGAGCAUAUUUAAGGGCUGUUCUACUUGUUUGCAGGGGAAAGUAUGAUGAAGCGCGUGAAUAUGUUGACAGAGCAAGAAAAUGUUUGGCUACAGAGCUUGUUGCAUUGUUGAGGUGAAUGAAUGUUCUGAAGACACACAAGAGUAAAUUGAUUAAUGAAGAGAAGAGCACUUCUUUUCAAUUUUGGUGAGGAAAUAAACCUUCCAAGUUCCAAUUAUAAACUGGCGGCUUUUCAACUUCAAUGAAGUUCCUCAAAUGUCUACAUUGCACACCCCUGCUGCAGUCAACAGUGAGGAAUCUGCUUCCAAUGAGCUAUUUCAACCACAAAGAGGUGCCAGGGAGAAGGAAUUGCUUCAGGCAGUUGGCCAACUUGGAGAUGCCAAUGAGGUUCUGAAUGAGUGUGUUGUAGCUGUAAUGGCUAGAAUGAGCAACAAGCUCACCGGGCGUGAUUUCUCUACUUCCCCUCCACCUAUCAGCUCUGCACAGCAUGUGUUGGGCGGGCCAUAGCACCUUGAUUUCUGGAGAGAUCCGUGAAUCCGAUCAUGGUUUAUCAGUCAAAUCGCAAGUACAAAAGCUUAUUCUACAAUCAACAUCACAUGAAAACUUGUGUCAGAAUUAUGUCGGGUCAGAAUUCCACAACAAAUUACAGAAAGAGAACAAGAAAUCAAACGGAUUUUAUUAGAGAAGAAGAUGAACAGUACAGAAAUCCAAGGCCGAAGCCCCCAAUUGAGCCGAAGCCCCCCAAAGAAAGAGAAAAGCUCUCGAUCUUCCCAAGUCUACGUCCAAAAGCCUGCUUUCCCUUCCCAGCCUUCCUUCUAUUUAUAGUAGUCUAAUACACUUAUUAUUAUUCUUGCUCUAAUAGGCCCAAUUCCUAUCAGUCUAUUAGGCCCAAUUCCUAAUAUAGGUAGAUCCCUAACAAUACUCCCUCCCUAAACAUCCACCUUGCCCUCAAGGUGGGCGGUAGGAGACAGCCAAGAUCUUUUUCCCCUUCUUCUUCCUUGCACUUCUACCUUCCCAAUAUCUCACUGGUUUCCGAGCAAAGAGCUUCCGUAUUAGAUCUUCACAUCUCUGAGAUGUUUCUGCAGCAUAGAAUGUUUCUGGUGAAGUAUCUUUCACUUUCUUAGUCUUCAGGCCUUCAAUAGCCAACCAUAUUUUCAUUCUUUCCUGAGGUAUAUCCAUUACAACAACAGCAGAAUUUAUAUUCAUGUCCUGAACAUCAGGAUUCUCAUCCCUUUUAACCUGCUCAACUCCAUUUGACUUUUCUCCCUUUGAGUUAGGCUUGACAUCAAAUUUCUGUGGUUCUAUCAUGCUUUUCAGUAAUAUAAUGCAAUGUCAUCCACUGCUGCACUUUGAGUACACCCAACAUAAUGCCACCCUACCACUUCCCUAGAAAUCCCCCACCAAAAACUCUCUGCCACUGCACAUUUCUCAAAAGGAGAGUCCAUUUUCAAAAUGGUACAAUCUUUGCUACUAUAAAGAAACACAUAAACCAAGCAACACUUUGAGGCUGAGAAUACAAAAUCAGCUCCUGCAUCAUCAAGUACAUCAGCCCUACUUAUUUGGUUCCAUCGUUUCUUGUCAGAUGAGGGAAGUUCGUUUUUUCUAAAAGAACUCAAAUCUUUGCUGCUAUUCUUCAGGUUGGAGGAAUCAUGAAGCAUAGAAUCCAAAUUGAGGUAGCAGCAUCCUUUGCGAUUUUUCCAAAAACAAAAAACUUCUAUGACAGGAAAAGAAUAACCCUCCAUUCCCCUCUGCAAUCCUCUGUCCAGAGUUGUAAGGAAAAGGAUAAUACCUUCAGAUUGUCCCAAAUGGAUCAACCAUUUUAUCCCUCUAAUCGCAUCAGUUACAAGAAAUACCUCCUUCCCUUGAAAUAUAGGACUUGACUUCCCCAUAAUUUGCACGCUCAACUCCUUCUGAAUAUGCUUUAUAGAAGUAACAACAUCAAAUGUGAAACAAUCAAUCUUAUUCAGUCCUUCCAAACUAUUAUCUGGUAAACAUUGAAUUGGUUUAAGUAUUUCUAAACCUUCCUUAUUGUCUGAAGAAAAUCUCAUAGAUGGAUUAACCUCCUCUUCAGAGUCUGAUUCUGUAACUGAAGGGACCACCAGGUUUAAUUCUGUGUUCAUUCUUGUUGGUGGGGUCCCCUGGAAUUCUUUUUCUAAUGCGCCUAUGUCAAAAGUUCUUGAAGCCGAUGACCCUUGUGAACGGUGUGGAACCACAAGCGAUGAUGAUCUGUGUGCUGACGAGCGGUGAGAGUCCGCAAGUGAAGAAGCAUGUGAACUGAAAGAAUAGCUCAGCGACAAAGGUGAAGAUUCUUCUCUCACUCCUGUCUUUCUUGGACGCGAACUGAUAGCCGGUGAAGAAUUCUGUGAAUGAUGAUGCGAAGAGCUAUGAGAAGAGCGAUGAGAAGAGGUACGCGAAGAGCGGUGCCAAGAACUAUGCGAAGAUUGAUGCGAAGUUCGCGACUGCGGACUCUGAUAAGAAACAGAUCGCGACUCUGCUCGCGAUAGCGGAUGACGCCUACUGUCCCUCGUUCGGUCGUCAGAUUUUCUGUGAUGCCUUCUCUCUUUGGAUUCUUCUGGAUUCGCUGACUUUCGCGUGUGAUGGUGAGAGUCGCGAUGUGAUGAUUGUGACACAUGCGAUCGGUUUCGCGACCGACUUUGAAGUCUGUUCUGCACAUCUGCGAUGCUAGCUAGUAUCGCGGCUUCCAUCACAGCCAGAUUUGCCUCCAUAUCCGUCUGGAACUUCCGCAGACUUCUAUCCAUAUUCCUUCCAAAUUCUACCAAAUUUUCCUCAACUUUGUUGAUUCGUCUUUCCAUCCUUGCGAGCGUGUAACUCAUCCAGCGAACGACUCGCUUCUAUACCAAUGAUAGAAACCUCCAGAAUUCCACAACAAAUUACAGAAAGAGAACAAGAAAUCAAACUGAUUUUAUUAGAGAAGAAAAUGAACAGUACAGAAAUCCAAGGCCGAAGCCCCCAAUUGAGCCGAAGCCCCCCAAAGAAAGAGAAAAGGUCUCGAUCUUCCCAAGUCCCAGAUAAUACGUCCAAAAGCCUGCUUUCCCUUCCCAGCCUUCCUUCUAUUUAUACUAGUCUAAUACACUUAUUAUUAUUCUUGCUCUAAUAGGCCCAAUUCCUAUCAGUCUAUUAGGCCCAAUUCCUAAUAUAGGUAGAUCCCUAACAUGUGCCCGGUUUGGUAGGUGGUCUGGAGAAGUUGAGGUACCUGCUUGUCUUUGUGUGUAUUAUUAUUAAACAUAGUAAAUAAAUACUCUGCAACUGUUGUACUAGAUUGAGAAUAUGUUUUCCUGUACAGAAACUUUGUGAAAAGUGAUAAAGAUAUAACGUAAGGGUGAAGCAAGUCUUGUAAAUAAGUGUCUCUCUACUCUUCCCAAUGUCAACUAGAAUCUCAUAGUUCACACAGAAUAUAUAAAUUGUUCCGUUUUUUCGUGAUGUUUUCCCCCUUUGUUUAUGCAGGGUUCCAGGGCUUUUGACCAUUGUAAAUAAGAUGUAAUCUAACUGGAUUGAUUGUAGAGGACAUAUCAUUUUCAAAUUUGGCUGGGUGCAUGACUCUAAAAUUUCCUUUUUUUGAUGAGCGAUGUAAUUAUUCCAUGUCAUCUUACAUGUUAAGGAAAUUUUUGAGCGUUAACUGGAAACUUGAACUUGGAAACCAUAAUUUUGUUAUUAACUGUGGUGAGAGCAGAGCCAAUAGUGGCACAUUGAAGCUCAGUUUAUGAUUAACAAGUGCUUUAGGAAAUAGGAAGUACUAGAUUUGUUCUACUUUCCUCUGAUUAUGAUGUUGUAAAGGUUAUUUUGGAUUGAA